CAAUUGCACAAGGUUCAGUCAUUCAGUGCUUCACAGCCUGUCCGCCUUGAAUCAAGACCUCUCAUACUCAAGCCGGUAUGCAAACCAUUGUGCUGUUGGUGUUGUGGGUACUGGGAACAUCACUGGUGUUGCCAGACCCCGACACAGCUGGAGAGAAAGUGGCCGAAGAUCCCAUUCCAUGUUCUAAAGGAUGCACCUGUCUGCAUGAUGACUACAGCUUGGAGCUCAACAUGUACUGUAGUGCUCGUAACCUCACACAAGUCCCAUUGGACAUGCCCGUCUCUACUCAUUCCCUCUGGCUGGAUGGCAACCUGUUCACCUCCCUCCCAGCGUCGUCUUUUAAGGAUCUGUCUAACCUGGACUUUUUGAAUCUGCAGAGUGGCGAGCUGGUGACACUUGACCCUCAGGCUUUUAAAGGACUUCCGUCGCUUGCACACAUUCACCUUGAGCGAAAUCGCCUCCGGGUGUUACCAGGUACGAUCUUCCAGAAUACACCCAACAUAGCCGCAAUUAGUCUGCAUAACAACCAACUCACUCGUCUUGAAGAAAGACUGUUUGCAGGACUCUCACACAUGUGGCUUCUAAACCUAGGGUGGAACUCAUUAGCAGUUUUACCUGAGACAGCUUUCCACGACCUGCAAGGUCUGCGGGAGCUUGUUCUCGCAGGGAAUAGACUCGCUUACCUGCAGCCACAGCUUCUCCAAAAUCUUGCUGAGCUUAAAGAGUUGGAUCUGACUGGAAAUCACCUCAAGGUCAUCAAAGCUAAUGUGUUUGUUAAACUAACUAAACUGCAAAAGCUCUACCUGGCCCAGAAUCAGAUUGUGACAGUGGCACCCAGAGCCUUUGUAGGCAUGAAGUCACUACGAUGGAUGGAUCUCACAAACAACAGACUGACUGCUCUCCAUGACGACACUUUCUUGGGCCUGCAUAGUCUUCACGUGCUGCGUCUUUCCAACAACUCAAUCACUGGAAUCAGGCCCAGGACUUUCCGUGACCUGCAGUAUUUAGAAGAGCUGCGACUCAGCCACAACAGGAUCCGAGCCCUGGGGGAAAGGAUCUUCGAGGGGCUUGGUCAUCUGGAGGUUCUAGAGCUAGAGCACAACCAAGUGCAGGAGGCACAAGUGGGUAGUUUCACUGGGCUCUCUCAUAUUGCUGUCAUCAACUUGUCUGGAAGUUGCUUCCACAUUCUGCCCGACCAAAUGUUCAAAGGUCUGUCAAAGCUUCACAGCCUUCAUCUGGACAGAGGUUGCCUAGCAAGAGUCACAACUCAAGCUUUCACUGGACUCUCUGGUUUACGGAGGCUUUUCUUGCAACACAACAACAUCUCUGAGGUAGAACACCAGAGUUUUGCUGACCUGGUGGGCCUAUCGGGACUGGACUUGAGUUUCAACAAGUUGGAGGUUCUAACAACCCAUACAUUCUCUGGCCUUAAGAAUUUGGAGUACUUGCUGUUGUCCAACAACGAAUGUCGACAAUUUUUGCAGAAUGGCACAACGCAGCUACUCCCAAGACUACGCUAUCUGGACCUGAGAGAUAAUACCUUGACAAGCAUGGUCCCUGAUUUUCCAGAGAGUAUGGAAAAACUUUUGCUAUCUUGGAACCGGUGGAAAUGCGAUUGCAGUGCCCUCCCACUCAGAAACUACAGCUUGAGGAAUCCAUCGGUGAUUCCUCGGCAGGUGGAGACUCACGCAGAGGGUGAAGAGCCCGACACAACCAUCACCAUAUUCAACAACAUUACAUGCACCAGCCCACCGCGUCUAGUUGGUCAGGACCUGCGAGAUAUAGACAGCGAACUCUUCCAAAGCUGCUAAACAAACACGCACAGAUGUGUUAAGGGAUCUGGUUGGUGUAAUCUGUAAUAGUUUCAACAAUGUACAGUAUAUGCUUCCAGUUUCUCAUUUCAAGAUUUUAAAUUGUAAUACGAAUGCAUGAUUCAGGUUCCACAUUUACUGUUUACAGAUAAAUGUUGUCAUCUGUAGCCUUUAGAUAAAAUGGAUCCAAAAUAUUUUAAAGAUGCUAUGAAUUCCUUUCAAUGAAAAGAUAAACAGACAUAUUUUGCUUUAACUACAUGCAACUGCAGCAGGCACAUUGUUGACUCUCUGCAGAGAAGGGAGAAAUUAAAGGAGUUUGUCUCAAUCCACCUCAAAUGCUUUAAGAUGAUUUAGUUUAUAUUUAGGAGUAUGAUCGACGGCACAAACCUCUACCAAUCAGAUUACCCGGAGGGGUUGUUUGACAUGGAAACAUGUUGAGGUAUAGCUUUAAUGCAUUUUUAAAAUCUUUUGAUAUAUUCUAAAAUAUAUUUUAGAUAUCCCUUCAUGUCAUUGAACAUGCCUUUUUCAUGAGCAUUUUGGGACAAUUUAAAUAGGGAGCAGGUAAAACCAUGGCAUAUAGGCCUACAAUUUGAAAUGAAAAACUGAAAUGGCAUUUUCCAAAAUUUUAAGUUCAGCCCAUUAAGCUACAGUAUGAAUCCCAAUUUGGUCGAUAAUUCACGUGAUUGGGCAAACAUUACCGGCAGGAAGACAUAUCUGUACAGCUCAGAAACUAAAAUGUCUUCAAGAUGUGUGUAUUACUUGGUGUAGUAAUGAUCCAUGUUUGUCACUUAAAUACACUGUUGGGAAAUCGUCUUCAACGCACAAUAAAUGUUUUAAAACAUGUAUGCCUUCACU